UAACGGUGGGAAUUUAAGAAAUGAAGACUAAAGGAGUCAGAUUAUUGUUUUUUAAAAUUUUUGAAUCGAUGUAAGAGCGACCCAAUAGUUAGGAGAAGCUGGCAAUGGUGUUUUCCUGGCGAAAAGAUCCUGGAGCUCAGCGUCUGCUGCUCUGGCUUUUACUGCUGGCAGCUUGGGAGACAGGGAGCGGCCAGAUCCACUACUCGGUCCCCGAGGAGUCAAAACACGGCACCUUUGUAGGUCGAAUCGCUCAGGAUCUGGGACUGGAGUUGGCGGAGCUGGUGCCUCGUUUGUUCCGGGUGGAGUCCAAGGACCGCGGGGAUCUUCUGGAGGUAAAUUUGCAGAAUGGCAUUUUGUUUGUGAAUUCUCGGAUCGACCGGGAGGAGCUGUGCGGGCAGAGCGCGGAGUGUAGCAUCCACCUGGAGGUGAUCGUGGACAGACCGCUGCAGGUUUUCCAUGUGGAGGUGGAGGUGAAGGACAUUAACGACAACCCACCUGUAUUUCCAAUGGCAGUAAAAAAUCUGUUUAUUUAUGAAUCCAGACAGCUUGGCUCUCGGUUUUCGCUAGAGGGCGCAUCCGAUGCAGAUAUCGGAACAAAUUCAUUGUUGACUUAUAGUCUUGACUCCAGUGAAUAUUUUACUUUGGACGUUAAAAGAAAUGAUGAGGAAACGAAAUCCCUUGGACUUGUGUUGAAAAAACUCUUAAAUAGAGAGGACACUCCUAAGCAUCAUUUAUUAAUAUCCGCAGUUGAUGCUGGGAAACCAGAACUCACUGGCACAAUUCAAGUGAAGAUCACUGUCCUGGAUGUAAAUGACAAUGCCCCAGCAUUUGAGAGGUCUGUCUACAAAGUCAGAUUAUUUGAAAAUGCACCAAAUGGUACCUUAGUGGUGAUCGUUAAUGCCUCUGAUUUGGAUGAAGGAGUAAAUAAAGAUAUUGUAUAUUCUUUCAAUACAGACACAUCUGCAGAGAUUCUGUCAAAAUUUCACUUAGAUCAGGUCAAUGGAUACAUCAGUGUAAAAGGUAAAAUAGAUUAUGAAGAAACUAAGUCAUAUGAAAUCCAGAUAGAGGCUAUGGACAAAGGAAAUCCCCCUAUGACAGAUCACUGCACGGUUCUAGUGGAAAUCGUGGACACCAAUGAUAAUGUCCCUGAGUUGGUUAUCAAAUUAUUAUCAUUACCUGUUUUAGAAGACUCUCCACUUGGCACGGCCAUAGCCCUGAUCAGUGUGUCAGAUCGUGACUCAGGUGCCAACGGGCAGGUGACUUGCUCCCUCACACCCCAUGUCCCCUUCAAGCUGGUGUCCACUUUCAAGAAUUACUAUUCGUUGGUGCUGGACAGCGCCCUGGACCGCGAGACCAUAUCUGACUAUAAGCUGGUGGUGACCGCCAGGGACGGGGGCUCACCUUCACUGUGGACCACUGCUAGCGUGUCCGUGGAAGUGGCCGACGUGAACGACAAUGCCCCAGUGUUCGCGCAGCCCGAGUACACGGUGUUCGUGAAGGAGAACAACCCGCCAGGCUGCCACAUUUUCACGGUGUCGGCACAGGACGCGGACGCACAGGAGAACGCGCUGGUGUCCUACUCUCUGGUGGAGCGGCGUGUGGGCGAACGUGCACUAUCGAGCUAUGUGUCAGUGCACGCGGAAAGCGGCAAGGUGUAUGCGCUGCAGCCUCUGGACCACGAAGAACUUGAGAUGCUGCAGUUCCAGGUGAGCGCGCGUGACGCCGGAGUGCCGCCGCUGAGCAGUAACGUGACGCUGCAGGUGUUCGUGCUGGAUGAGAAUGAUAAUGCUCCAGUACUGCUGGCUCCUCCGGUUGGUGGCGCUGCAGACACAGUGAGGGAGCUGAUGUCUCGGUCACUAGGUGCGGGCCAUGUUGUGGCUAAGGUACGCGCGGUGGAUGCGGACUCUGGUUACAACGCGUGGCUGUCCUAUGAGUUGCAACUGGUGGCGGAUGGCCCACGCAGCCCAUUCCGUGUGGGACUGUACACUGGCGAAAUCAGCACCACACGCGCUUUGGAUGAGUCGGAUGCGCCACACCAUAAUCUUCUGGUGCUGGUCAAAGACCACGGCGAGCCAGCGCUGACUGCCACAACCACAGUGUUGUUGUCUCUGGUGGAGAGUGGUCAGGCGCCCAAGGCCUCUUCGACUGCUUUGGCUGGUGUCACUGGUCGAGCGGCGGCGCUGGUGGAUGUCAACGUGUACCUAAUCAUUGCCAUCUGUGCGGUGUCCAGCCUGUUGGUGCUCACGCUGUUGCUGUACACAGCUUUUCGCUGCUCUGCAGCACCCACUGAGAGUGCCUGCAGUCCUGGGAAGCCCAUGCUGGUGUGCUCCAGUGCGGUGGGAAGCUGGUCUUACUCGCAGCAGAGGCGACAGAGGUGUGCUCUGGAGAGGGGCCACCCAAGACAGACCUAAUGGCUUUUAGCCCCAGUCUCCCACCAUGUCCAGUUAACCAGGAUAGAGAGGAGCAACUGGGUGUGGACAUUGAUCUCUCUGCCAAACCACGACAGCCCAACCCUGACUGGCGUUACUCUGCCUCCCUGAGAGCUGGCAUGCA